AUGGUAUAUGCUAUUAUUAUAAAAGAUGAAAAUACAUAUAAUAAUGUACAGAAAAAGAAUGAACACAAUUCUGCAAACCAGAAGAAGAGUGAAAAAGAUAAUUGUACCUAUUAUGAUAAAAAAACGGACAAUCCUAGUAACUCUUUGAAGAUUAACAAAUAUUCCAUAUUAAACUACUUUAAUAUAAAGAAGAAAGAAACGAAAAAAGACGAUAACACGAAACACAACAAUUUAUUUAAUAAUAAUGAUUUUUUUAAAGAUGAUUUUUAUGAUGCUGAAGAAGACACCAAUUAUUCAAAACAAGAAGAAUUUAUUUUGGAAUAUAUUAAGUAUAUAUCUGAAGCGAGAAAAUAUAAAAAGAGGAACAUCAAGGAACAUAUAUUAAAACUGUUAAUAUUGUUGAAAAAAGAAGAUGUAUAUUUAAAAAAGUAUUGUCCCAAAAUCUACCUUGCCGAAUUAAAGAGAAAAAAAAAAAACUACAAUUUAGACAAUUCAUAUAUUGACGAAAAAAUAUAUAUAAAUAAUAUAUAUAACAAGAAAAUAAAAUGUACUAAAUUUUUUUCAAAUAUAAUAAAUAAUACCAUUUAUGAAUAUAAAGUAACCUAUUGUAAAGAAAAUAAUUUGAUAACUUUUCAAUAUUAUGAUGGUUAUAAAAAAUCUUAUAAAAUUUCGAACAAUACUUUUUUUUACCUUAUAUCACAUGACAAAAAUGUGUUUCUUCAUAAUUCUAUUCAUGAUACUUCUCCAAACGAAGAAAUCGCUUCAAACAGCAACAGUAAUAACAUAUUCAUCUACACACUUGAAAAACAUUUCGAUAACAAACUGAAAGUAGAAGUAAUAGAUACAGAGAACAAAACAAAUAAAAUUGAGUCUGUCGUCGAGUAUAAACCCAUUCGAGUCUUUUAUCAUAAUAAUUAUUUGUUUUUUAUAAAUCUUCUUAAUAAUUCAAAAAAAGGAAAAUAUUUUUCAUACUCUAUACUUAAUAAUAAUUUUAAUGAAAAAAUUAGGAUUGUAUAUAUGUCAGCAGUUCAUCCAUUAUAUGCCAAUAUUAUUAUUAAUGAGGAUAACUAUUAUUUUUUUAGAAAAUGUAAAUAUUUCUAUGAAAGGGAAAAGAUUUUUAUAUGGUCUGAUGAAUCUACGUAUUUUUCACCUGAAGAAGGAAGGGUAAAUCAAAUUCCAAAUAUGAAUAUUGUACACAUAAACUCUAAUGUUAAUAUAUGUAUAGCAUUUGAAGACAAUACAAAUACGUACUUUUUUUUUUAUAUUUUAUAUGACAAAGUAAGAAAAUAUAAUAACAAAUUUUUAAAAGAAUAUUUUAAAAACGAAAAAAUAGACAAAUUUCUUGUAUUUCAACAUUUUUUAAGUAUAGAAAGAAAAUUUUUUUUUUGUAAAAAUCAAAUAUUUCAUAAUAUUAAUUUUAAUACAGAAAUAUACAAGCCGCAUAUUAUACUUACUAGCGGAGGUAAUAAAAGUCUUCAUAACAAAAUUAAAUUAUGUUUAUAUGAUAAUGUCAAUAAUUUAUUAUUCCUCAUACCCAUAUAUCAUAAAUAUAUUAAGGAUAAAAUUAAAAUUGUGAAGAAUGUGCUAAAUUUUACAACUAUAAAUAUAUCAAACGAGUUUUCAACAUUUAAAUAUUACCCCUACAAUAUCUGUACAUAUAUAAAUAAUGAAAUAAAUACAACUCACUUAAAAUGUAGGGAGACUCCUUUAAAUUUACAGCAGACCCUUAUUAAUGUAUCAAUUGGAAUAGAAAGAAGAUCCUAUUUCAAAUUUUUAUUAGACCAAAAAAUUAAUAUGCUAAAAUUAAAAGGAAAUCUAGAAGACAAAUACAAACAAAAGAGAAAAAACAGAGAACACAAAUAUCACAUUCUUGACAUAAACAAAAUGGAUCAUUUUAUUAUUAUUUUAAAUAAGAAUGGCACGUUAUAUUUACUAUCUGAUGAUGUAUAUGUUUCUAGUAUAUAUUUAUAUAAUAAUAAAGCACAAAUAUAUAAUAUGUAUAACCCCGAUUUAUGCAACUUGACAGUGGACACAAUAGAUUAUGAGAAUAAUAAAAUUUCUUUGAAAUCUUACAGAGUACAUAUUGAUAUAUUACCGAAAAACCCCACUCUAAAAAUACUUUUAACAUUUUUCUAUUAUUAUAUAUGUAAAAAAAUUGCUCUUGAAUUUUUUACCUUAUGUAUUUAUGAAUGUAAAAAGGAAGAAGAGAAUAAGAGUAUUUUCCACUUUAUUAACAUCGAUAUUUACUUUUUUCAUAAUCAAAUAUUUCCAAAAAUGGAUGACACACAUAUAUAUAAUGAUAACACAGGGAAAAGGGAUAAUGCCACUGUUACUACUACUACUGGUACUACUGCUACAGCUACCAUCGCUACAACCCAUACUCCAGUUUUAAGUAAUGGCAAAAAUUGUGCAAAAAAAAGUACUAUAUCAACAAAUGGUCAAACGAAUAUCCGGGCUUUUUUUACCAAUAUUAAAAAAGAAAAUAUAGGAAUGAAUAGAGAAGAGGGGAAUAAACAAGAACAGUGUAACCGUUCUGUCUAUUGUCCUACCACCAAUACAAAUGAUAAUCAUGUAUCAUAUGACACAGAAAAGAUUGAUAUGUUUAAUAUGAAUUUUUUCGAAAUAGAAAAUAUACAUCAUAUAGAAUUUAGUCGAUUCAUUUACUUAUUUAUCUUAGUUUGUGUAAAAGAUUUAAAAAUGUACAGAAAAUUAGAAAAAUAUUUAUAUAUUAAGGAUGAAAAAAAGAACUAUAAGACAAUAGAUGAAUAUAGCGAAUCCAAGUUUAAUUGUUUUUUAUUCAAUUACGAAACAGAAACAAAUUGUAAUAGUGACGAGUUCUUUCCUUCUUCAUCUAAUUCAUGUACACAUAAUAAAAAAAAUUUAGACAAAGGGGCACAUGCAAAUGGAACGAGGAUCAUAUCAUCUAGCUCCAUUGAGUGUAAUGUGGAUUACCAUAGCUCUAGCACUUCCAACUUCAAUAGCGAUAUGGCCAAUCUAAAUUUCACCAAAUCAAAGAAGCUUAUGGAGAGGAAAAAUUCCAGUCGUGAUAUGAUUAAUUAUUACAACAUUAUAAAGAAUUUCCUAAAUUAUUUACAAAAUAAAUAUAAGCAUAUAUAUAAUAACAAAUAUUUAAUAUUAGCAUAUCUGCAUUUAUAUUUUGAUGAAAUUAACAUUUGCGAAUAUUUAGACCAAAAUAUAAAAGACGAUGUAAUAUUAAUAAUUCUUAUUUUGUCGUAUACUCUAAAUUUAUAUAAUUUUAUGUUUCAUUAUAUGAAUAAAUUAAGUAACGUAAAAAGAAAAAUUCUAUAUACUUUUUACCAACAUAUAUGUAAGAAAUACUAUAAGUGUGAGUUACUUAAAAAGCAAAAAUUUAAGAAAGAAUUAUGGCUCAUCGAAAAUCGUGAAAUUAGCAAAACUAACGAAGAGAGUUUUUCAAAAACAAAUAAUGAAAUGAGCUCAGGAAAAUUAAAUUACUGUAAUAAAUACAAAUAUGAAAAACACAUCGAUAGUUGUGUCUCACUUAACGAAAUAUCACACAAUAACACAUUGAAUGUUUACAUGAUUAAUGAUGGUAAAAAUACAAAUAUUAUCACACAGAGUUACGGUUUUAAAAUGUACAAAUUUAUAAAUAAUUAUUUGAAAAAAAAAUUUACUCAGUUAACUAAUAUUCCCAAUACAAUGGGGAUAAUAUAUCAAAUAACAAAUUCAAGCGGAACAGAAAAUAAAACAAAUGACAUUAACUACUUUGUGAAUGCAUCUCAUUUCUUGCAAAAUAUAGAACUACCCUCAGACAAACUAAAACUGAAAUACGAAUGCUAUAUAAAGGAAGUAGAAAAGGUUUUUAAUAUAAUUCUGAAAGGAGAAGAAAUGACGAAUAACAAAAGUGAUAAAAAUGGAAAAAGUGAAAAAUGUGUAAAUAAUAUAAAUAACAUUCGCCACUGCUACAAGAACUUCCAGUCGUUUAAAUCAUCGAUACUUUAUAAUGAUCGAUUGAAAUUUUUGUAUUAUUUUUACCCCUUAUAUUUUCCAUUAAAGAACAUUUUAAUAAUAUCUUACAUGAGUUUAUUUUACCAAGAAAACCUCAAAGAAAAGAUAUUAAAUAACAUCUUUUAUAAGAAUAUAAUUAAGAACGAAUUAGACACGAUAUAUUUACCUGUUUUUAAUUUAGAUUUUAUGAAUACUGAUGAAGAGAAAAUAACUCGAACACAAAAUAAAAAAGGAAAAAAAAGAAAAAAAGAAAGUGUAAAGAGUAUAAAAAGCAUAGAGAAAUUAUAUGCCAACAAUCUUCUUAAUGAGAAAAAGAUGAAAAAAAAUUUUAUUAAAAAAUUAACCUGUGACGGACACAUGGACAGAGGUAGUGUAUGUACUGUAACCAGCUCCUCAAGUUAUAAACAUGUUAGUAAUAAAAAAACUUUAAAAAAGUUUGAACACUCUGAUAGUGCUUCGGAUGGCUUAACCACACACUUAAAAAAAAAUAAUCAGAUGCUAAAUACAGAUAUAGUUUUUUACCAAAAAGGAAUUUAUUCAUGCUCAUCCAACUUAAAAUAUUUUGACUCAUUAAACAUAGCUGAUAUUAAUCUUGUGAAUAUACCUCUAAAAAGUAUAUUUUAUGAAAACCUAUAUAUGCUAAACAAGUAUUCACAUAUUAUCUAUAUGAUGCUUUUUAGCACGAAUCAGUGGUUUCAAAAUAUGCAUGAUACCAAAAGUUUGAUCAAUAACGUUAAUUGUUUCGAAGUAACAAAAAAAAAUUGUACUAUUAAUCGGUAUUAUAAUAAUCUAAAUAUAAGGGGAGAAGAAAAAAAAGACAUCUUGAAUCUACACAGAAAACUUAAAAAAAAUGAUGAUAUGUGUGUAGAUAACUCUACUUAUAAAUUAGGGUUAAACAAGAAAAGCAGUAAAGAAAAGAGAAAAAUAGAUGAACGCUCCUUUUUUAUGAAAGGCGAAUUUGUAUUUAAUGCAGAACACUCAAUGGUUGAAAUACUUAAAUUUAUCGAUUGUUAUAAAAUUUACAAUUUUGAAAAUCCCUACUUCUAUAUAAGUAUAAAUAGAGAAGACCUUUAUUUCAACAAAUGCUUUGAUUUAUAUAAUACGCAGUUAAAAAAAAAUUUUUAUAAAAUUUUAGAAAUUUUGAAAGGGAAUAAUUACAAUUUUAUCCUCAAUAGCAGCAACAAAAACUGUGAUAGAAAGAAAAGAAAAAAAAAGGAAAAAUAUAUUGGAAGAGGAGAAGAAGAAGAAGACGUUAAAGAAGGUCAUGCAAAUAGCAGUUUUAACAAAAAGAAUAAUAUCGUGCAGAAAAGUUAUCUAAGUAAAUAUAAGAUAUUAAAAGACUGCUGCUUUUUUUUUGAUACUUUUAAAAUGGACAGAAACAUUUCCUCAUGUUAUUUCCCAUAUAAUAAAGACCCUGUAGUUGUCUAUUUAAACAAUUUUCAUAAUUACUAUUUUUCAAAAUAUUAUAAAAAACGAAAAAUGCAUUUAUUAAAAGAUAAAGAUUAUACUAAUGAUCAAAGCAAAGAUUUAAUUGAUUUAAUUGAUUUGCAAAAUACCUCUGAUAGUUUGGAGAGUGCCUAUAUUCAUAAACAUAAAUACAAUAAAAAAAACAUAAAUAAAUAUAUAAAAAAGAUAAUUAAAUUAGUUAAUCUAAACAAAUUAGAGGAAAAGAAAAUAUUAAUUGAUACCAAAAUUAAUGGAAAUAUAGAUAAAGUACUAGAUUUAAUGCAUUUAUAUUAUACUUUAGAAAAAAUUUAUAAAAUGAAAUAUAUCUGUAUGCUUAACAUUAGUGAAAUUAAUUUUUUCAAUAUAAUUAAUUCUAUUCAUUAUAAACCACAUAUAAACUUUAACAUCAAAUAUGAUCUCUAUGUGUAUCUGUUUGAAUACAAACAUAACCAAAAUCGUUUAAGCAAUAUUUCUGUACCUGUUAAUGAUAGUUUUUCAUUUAAUUUACUGUCUAGAGCUUAUAAUAGAGGAAUAAUGGAUGGUUCAAAUAACCACGCGAGUGCCACUCUCCAACAUCUUUAUAGUUCCUUUAAUGAUAGCAAUUAUUCUAUCAAUCAUCAUCUCAACAAUAGGACAAACAGCUACGGUCAAAGUGAUGGUAUUAAUGACCCGAAUGUUAAUAAUGAAAAUAAUAUCUAUACAAAUAAUAAUAACAGAUACAAUGAUACUACUGUCGUAGGUGCGAACGUUUCCUUUAACGGUGCUCCUAAUGGGCAAAGUAACAACGAAAAUGUGGGUAUAUUGAAUAAUGGUACAAGUGUAAGUGGUGCAUUACACACUGAUAUGCCAUACGACAAUUACUACCCCGAUUUUGAUAGCAACAACAGAAGAACAAUUAAUGACAAUUUUAAUGAGCCCUCAGAAGUUACUAUGCUCAACAGGAGAAUAAGAGAAUUUAACAGCUAUUGGCAUACGAACACAAAUAAUUUAAGAAGCUAUAAUAAUAUCAAUUAUAGAAGUCUAAGAAACAGUUCAAGGAAUAUACAAAACAUUAACUCAGGUAGUGGGCUCAUUUAUAAUCAAAAUAGAACCCCAGAUAGGGACUCAGGUAAUGUUAUCCCGCAAAAUCACAGGCAUACUUUAAACUUGCAAAAUUUAAGUAGCACAGUGGGUAAUUAUAGAGAUAGGAAUAUGACCAAUUCGUUUAGUAAUAAUGAAGUUAAUAAUGGUUGUAAUAAUAGCGGCAUUAAUAAUAGUAGUGAUAACAGUAGUGAUAAUAAUAAUAGUGGAAACAACAACAAUAACAACAACAAUAAUAAUAACAAUAAUAAUAAUAAUAAUAAUAAUAAUAAUAAUAAUAAUAAUAAUAAUAAUAAUAAUAAUAAUAAUAAUAAUAAUACUAGAAAUGGUAUUAACAAUAUGGAGAACAUAAAUAUGGACAAUUUUGAGAACAACUCAAUUUACAGCUAUCCAAUAAAUAACAACAGCAAUAAUACGGGUAAUGAUAACAGUAAUGAUAAUGGUAAUAAUAAUGGGAAUGAUGAGGGGGAUAAUAAUAAUAAUAAUAAUAAUAACCUCAGCUCUGUGAACUUCGUUAGAGUACGCUCAUCCGUCACAUUUAACACCCCCCACGUUACUCAUUAUCGUUAUAAAUUAAACAAGCUAAAAUAUAGUUUAAAAAAAAGAAUUAAAAAAAAAAUUAAUAAUUUAAAACUAAAAGUAAAUAGCUUAUUAAAUUCUUUAAAUGUUGAUAUGAAAAGUGAUAAAAUAGAAAAGAUUUUUACGCUAAAUAAAUAUUUCAAAAGACUUCAAAAAUCUAAAGAGGUUUUAAGAAAUUUUAACCCAAUUCCAAUGAAAGAAUUAGCUAAUAAAAUAGGUUUUCCUUCUUCUUCUUCUCAUACGGACGAUUUUUUUAAUCAUUUUCAGACAAAUAAUAGUACAUCUCAAAAUAUUCUCUUCCAUAGGGAAUCACUAAGAAAUAAUAGCCAAUUACAAAAUAAUGAAAAUGAACGAAAUGAAAAUCAAGAUUCACCUAUAUCUGCUACGUCCUCGUCUAUUCAGGAUAGCCAAUAUAACAGUGAGUAUAACAAAACGUGUAAUAUACCUAACUAUUACAUAAACUCCUCUCCAAGAAGUGCAAAUGUUAAUACACAUAAUUGGAAUAACAUGAACAACAAUAGUCAUAACAUAAUUGAAAGUACUGGAAAACCAAACAGCAGUGAUAGGAACUAUCUAAACUGUAAUUUGAACGACUCUUCUAACGACGAAUUUUAUUCAAGUAAUUUUUUAUACACACCUAACAAAGCCAUAAGCGGUUCUGUGGGUAAUGAAAAAAUAAUUAAUGAUAUCUCUUUUGAUAAUAUCAACCGAAGAUAUAGCUGUAAUGAGUCAGUUAAUGAUCAACAGCAAAGAAGAGACAGUCAUAUAUCGUUCCUAUAUUAUGAUAGAAGAAACAGUUAUUUGUUAAAUAACGAUAGGCGAGACAGUAAUGCAUCAUUCCAUGUUAUCACAAGAACUAAUUCUAACAUUCUGGAGGAACAGGAAGAAGAGGAGGAAGAAGAACAAAGAAGAGGAUACAACAAUGUAGCAAGUGAAAAUAUAUUUUCACGUAGUACUCUAUUACUGCAAAAUAGGAUAUCCUUUAAUUCUUCUAGGAGUGUUAGAAAUAGUUUGGUAUCUAAUGGAAAUCAAAGGGAACAUACUAAUUAUUAUAGUGAUAUUAUGUUGUCUAGUAAUAAUAACACAUCUAUAGAAGAGUAUAAUAACAAUAUUUAUGAUGCAUAUAAUUUUAGUGAUAAACGAAAACUCAAGAGAAAAAUAGAUUAUUUUGAUUUCACCUUUGACAAAUCUAAAUUUAUUAAAUAUAACAAUUUUGUAAAUGGGAAAAUAAGAAAUGUGUUCAAAUUACAAUGCUCCUUAUGUCAAACUAUCUUAUACAAAAAAUUUGAUGAUACAGAUAAAAAGAAAAAUAGUAUUUUAUUAAAUAUUGUAAAUGAUGAAAAUUAUUUAUAUAAAUUUUUAAAUAAGAAUUACAAAUACUGUGGAAUUUAUUUUUUAGCAGGUUUAAUAUACGGUUUAGGUCUAUUACAAUUUUACAAAAAUGUCAAAAUUUCUAUACUAUUACAAUAUAUUUUAAAAUUUAAAAAUAGAUGUUUAUAUAUUUGCUCUAUUUUAGGGCUUUCCCUUUCAUUAAUAUCAUCAAAAAAUCAUGAGUUAACAUCGAUAUGUAUUAGUGCACUAUUUAAAGAAUUAUAUGAUAAUAAGAAAAUUAACUACGAGCAUUUACUAUUUCAUUUAAUGAAUGAAAACGGUUCUAAUGAGAAUAAUUAUAAAUUUGUUUUUUAUAAUAAUAAUAAUGAAGGACAGGAACACAUUUCAAGCAUUGAAGAAUUUAGAAAAAACACUUUUGACAAAAUCAUAGAUAGUAAAAAUAACAAGAAAGAAAAUAAGAAUGAUCCAGAAUAUUUUAAUAUGUUGUAUGCAUAUGAUGACGAAUUAUCGGAUGAAGACACAUCCACAGUGCAUAUAUCAAGUGACACAUCAUCUGUUUCAAAUAAUACAACUGAUAGAAAUUUAAACAGAAGCCGAAUCAUAAAUCAUUUAGAUGAAUCUAAUAUAUAUGAGAAUAAUGAGAGACCUAUGGAGGAAGCAGAUUAUAAUAUCACUCAAGAAAAUAGCCAUGUGAAUUCUGAUCCUCCAGGUUUUCAAAACAGCGGGAGUGGAAUAUUCAUUGAGCCAUGUAGUUAUGAAAGCAAUGAUAAUAGCAGUAACAAACUUUGCAAUAACAAACAUUGUAAUGACAAACUGUGCAGUGACGGACUGUGUACUGACAAACUUUUGGAAGUGGGAGAAUGUCAAGAGGUUGCAUCUUAUGACCCUGAAGGUCAUAUACCCCAUGAUAAUAUUCAUGACUUUAGCAAAAAUGGUAAUAUAAACAUAUUGAAUAAUAAUAAUAAUAGUAAGUACAAUAAUAUUGAUGAUAUUUGCUCUCUACUAAACGUUUCAAUAAAUGACUCGAUAGAUUCGGAAAAUUCAGGUGACAGAGAUACAACCACAGCACUAAAGGAAAAGGGGGGAAAAAAGAGUCAAAAUGAUCAGGAGAAAAAGGAACAAAUGGAACAAGAGGGGCAAACGGGUUCCAUGGGGCAAACAGAACAGACAAGACGGAUGGGAAAAAAUUGGAAAAGGAGGAAUAAUAUAUACAGAAAAAGGAAAAAACACCUAGACAACUUAGUCCUUAGUAGCAACUUCCUUUGUCUAGGGUACUUGCACAUGAAUAGUGAAAAUAAGUAUUUAACAAAAUGUAUUUUAAAACUACUGCAAAAGAGUAAUUUAAGUAAAUUAAAUUUGUUAUGUAUGUUUUGGUCCAUUGGAAGUAUUAAUUUUAAAAAAGGAAAUAUAUUUGACCAUCUUAUUAGAUGUUUAUUUUAUUUUAUAAAUGCUAAUAUACCUUAUAAAUUGCAUAAGAAUAAUUUUGUAAAAAGUUUUUCUUUGAAACAUUUAAAUUAUGAUGAAAUGUCUUACGAUACAAUGCACAUGAUCAUAUCAUCAGCUAUAUCUGUGUCCCUAUGUUUUUUUAAAACUAUUAAUAUUCAUGCUUUUAACAUGAUUUUUAUGCCUAUGAAAAUGGAGCACAUAUAUUAUUUUAACAACUACGAAAUGAUGGUUAAAUCAUUUGCAAGGAAUAUGAUUAUUUUCGAUUUUGUGGAGCUAUCUCAUGAGUACAUUUUGUCAAAUAUACCAAUAUUUUUAAGAAUUUUACCCAAUGAUUUGAAUAAAAAUAAUAAAAGUAAAUUACCAUAUAUGCAUUUAAUUGAUAAAAAUGGAAACUUCAAAGAUAAAAGUGUAGAGAGGAAACUUUUUUUAAAAAAUGGAUACCUAAAUUUAGAUCAUGAUUUUGUAUGUAAUGAAUUAAAUAAAGUUUAUGAUAAUGGGUAUUAUUUUUUUUUAGACAAAAAUAAUUUUUUUAAUUGUUAUAAUAAUCAUAUUAGACAAAAGGAAAAACAUCUGAGAUAUUUCUUUCAUGGGGAAAGAGUCAAUUCAUGCGAUCGCACUAGCAGUAAUAGGGGUUACUCUAAUCGUUGCAACGGAGGAACGCUUAAUUGUACAUUUUCUGUUGAUAGUGAUAAUAACAAUAGCGAAAUUAUAGGAGACCAUAACAGUGAUAGUAAAAGUGAUAACAGUAAAGUUAUCAAUAGAAAUAGUAAUAAGGACAAUAACAGUGAUAUUCAAAGUAAGUAUAAUUGCAGUGUACACACAAACGGCGAUUGCGGAAAUAAUGAAUAUAACAUUUGUUGCAGUAAUGAUGGAACAGAUAUGUAUAAAUACGAGCAAAUUAACAGCGCUCGAAGGAGUAAUAACCAAAAAUUAUUAAAAGACUACACGUUUGUGUAUAAUUGUGAGAUGCUACGUUAUUAUAUCAUUCUUGGUGUAUUACAAGUUCUUAGCCUAAAAUACCUAUCAACACAUAAUAAAGAAUUUAAAAAAAUAUGCUUUGACUAUAUUUCAUAUUUUGAUAAUAUUAAUAAAGAUGUUUACGCAAAAAAAAAGUUAGAAAAAUUAUAUAAAAAAAUUAAUUACUUAGUCCAAAAAAUUAAGAAUAGUGCGUAUAAGGAAAAAAUAGGUAGAAAUAUUUCUCCUGAGGUAAAUAAUAUUUUUUCUCAAUCAAAAAAAGGUAAACCUCAUCAAUAUGACGAAAAGUUUAUGACUACCCUUAACAGUGGAUCGAAUGACAAAAUGAUAUGUGACAAAACAAUGAAUGAUGACAUAUUUUACCACACAAUGGAUAAUCUAGUAAGGAACGAAAUUGGACACAAGCAGAAGAACGAUGCGAAAGAUGAUCAGAGAGAUGUAACUCAAAAAGAUAUGAAUAAUCAAAUUAGUGAUAGCUUUUAUAACUUCAUUGCACAUAUAAAUCAAGAUGACUAUUCGACUGAUUCAAACGUUAGUGAUAAAAAAAACAAAAAUAGAAUUAUUACACUACUGGGCAGUGAAACACUACAAGAUGUUGAAAGCACUCAAGGAGAAAAAAUGCGAAAAGACAAUGGCCAAGUGAUAAAUGACAAAAGGAACAAAAAAAUUAGUAGUAUUGACAACCGUAGGUAUAGUGCUACCUACGCACACAUAUACAAGCUUAUCUUGAAAUAUGUUAAGAAGAUUAAAAAAAUUAAAAAGUACCUCGACAAUUCGUAUACCGCUGAUGCUGCUACUAUUGCUACUACUACCAGUAAUGCCUAUACUACUGCUGGUAAAGAAAAUCAGGUAAGAGGUCGCCUGACGAUGAAAAAUUCAGAAAUAGAUCAUGACUACUUAUACAAAGUUAAAGAAGAAGACAUUAAUGAUAUUGUUAAUUUAAUUUAUCAAUGUUUAUCUCUAGUUUUUGUCGGAAGUUGUGAUAAAUAUUUGAAUAAAAAAAUAAAAAACAAAAUAAACAAUUUAAUAAAUAUCAGAGAUAAGAAUACGAAUAAUUUAUAUUAUUAUUAUUUAGGUUAUGUUAACUUAGGAUGUGGUAAAUAUGUCUUAAAAAAAAAAAAGGAUUUGUCGAUAUGUACACUUACAUUAAUUUUAUUUAGCUUUUUUCAUAUAUAUGAUUUAUCAUCUCACUUUAUCAUUCAUUUAAUAGAAUUUCUGUAUGUCCUAUUAAUGGAUAAGCGAGUUUUAAAAAUUUACGACGUUUCAUCUAACGAAUUUGUUAAUUUACCUAUACAAUUGAUCUAUACAGAAAAAGUAAGCAUAUAUACCUUGAAGAGAAAGUUUGCAAAGGAAGAUAUAGGAAAGAGAACACUCAAUAAUACAACACUAAAUGAUAAUUUGUACAUACAUAAAACGAAUUAUACAAAUUUCAAUAGAAAAAUAUUGUUAUUCCCUAGUGCCAUUCCCCACAUAAAUAUAGUAAACAUUUCCAUUGUUAACAGCGGAUAUUAUAAUGUAAGUUUUUCAAAUAUUGAUGAAGGAGAAAGGAACAAUAACGAUGAUUCUAAUGGUGGCAAUAAAGGUAAAAAUGGUCAUAUGAUCAAUAGAAUUAAUAGCAGUAAGAAUAGUGUAAUAAAAAAAAUAAUAAAGAGGGGUAUCAUAUUUGUUAAAAAAAAAGAAUAUAAUAACAACGCCAUGGUCGAUCAUAAACAUGUGCUUUUUACUGACAGUUUUCAUUACAACUAUAAGAGGGAAGAAUUUAAGAGCAUCAUAUUUAAUACCGUUUUAUUUAACAAUAAAUCGUGGAAUGAACAGAAGGCGCUUACUGUCAGAGAAAAUCAAUGUGAAGAUGAAGAUAUAUAUGAAAAAAAAAAAAAAAAAAAUUACACUAAUGAUACAGUAACUACCGAAAUGUAUAACAUAGUUAAUCAUUUCAGCAUUUGGAAUAAUGAAAAUUCAUACAUAGUUAACACUAUUGAAAAAAAGAAUGUUGUAAGAAACAAGCUUACGAAACAUAUCACAAAUCAAUAUAAGACAUCUAAAUUCUUAUUAGAAGUAAUUAAAUAUUACAGGAAAAACCGGUUCAUUUAUUCGGACAACGCUUUGUUACUAUUUCAGAUAAAUAAUUGUUAUAUACAUAAAAAUAUAAAUGAAAUAUUAAUGUUAAAGUAUUAUCUAAAAAUAGAUGAAGUAGACACUAAAGAAGACAUGAACUGGAGGGAACAUCUAUCUGAUGAGAAGUUUUCAAAACUGUUUUUACAUUUCAAUGAAGAAUUUACAAAAAUAUUUAGAAAAAUUGAAAACUUUAAUAAACAAAAGAAAAACCAAAAAGAGUAUUUCGUGCGUCUUAUAUAUUUGUUAAUGUCAAAUUAUUAUAAAAGAAAGGAACCCGAGUGCUCGAAUAAUUGUACAUCCCCACAUAUGAAAGAACACAACGAAAUAAUGAAUGCUUUAUAUGACCUUGUGAAUAAAGAAGGAUUCAUUAUUACUGAUAAGAAAGAUGAAAUUAAACAUGAAACAAAUAUUAAUAAUACAUCCUUUUCACCUAUUAUAAUCGUGAACAACAUUUAUAAUAAUAAACAUUUCAAAAAUAAUAUAUACACGCUUUACUACAAAAGUAAAGAAAAAAACGAAAAUAAUUUCCUAAACGAUAUCAACAGUUUGUUAGUAGAAUAUUCGAUAAAUAGGAUAAAAGCAUUUACCAAAUAUCAACUAACAAAUGAAGUGUACAACAAUUAUUAUUUUUUUCUUUUAAUACAAAACUUGCAUAUAGACAAAAGCAUAAAUUAUUUAUAUUUCUUGUCUUAUAUUUAUAAUUCCUUUUACUUCUUUUAUGAUUUCUUUUAUAAAUACUGGAAAGACCAUUACUUAGGAUGUAUGUCAAAUGUAAACGAAAAAGGGCAACACAAAUCAGACAAAUGGUGUGAGAGGAACAAAAAAAAAAAAAAAAUUAUCUACGAUUUAGAAUUCUUUGAUUAUUUUACAAAUAUUCAAAAAGGAGAAAAAAUUAUAUGCAUAGAUGACACAAAUUGUUAUAGUCACUUAUACAAAUAUGUAUUCCCCUCAAUUUCGAACAGCUGUUAUUUUCUACAAAUAUGUAAAAAUAGGAGUACAAAUGUGGGUAAUAAAUAUAUGGAUAAACAUAUGGAUAAACAUAUGGAUAAACAUAUGGAUAAACAUAUGGAUAAACAUAUGGGUAAACAUAUGGGUAAAAGUUUAAGUAGCAGCAAAAUGGAUAAAAAGAGUGAGAAAAAUACCGCUAGUCCAAACACCCAAAAGACUGAUAUACAUGUGCAGGAGUAUGCUCCAUACAUUACGGAAAGAAAAAAAGAAAUAUUUCAAACUUGCAUUUAUGAUGAAAUAAAAGAUUUGCUUAGUUGUAAUUUAGAACACCUUAAAAUAAUGGAAACGAUGUAUAGAAAUUCUGCCGCAAAAAUUAGCUUAAUGAAAUAUUUACCAUUUUUCAACAAUGAUAAUUAUUUUGUAUAUUUUUUUGAAAAUAAUAUAAAAUUAAUAAAGACAAUUUUCUUACAAUAUUAUCACAAAGGGUAUAUUAAUAAAUUCAUAAUUUUUAACAACACCAAAAUUAGUGUAGAGCAUUCGAAUAAUCUUAUAUAUUUAUUUACUCAAUACAGCAAUUUUCCUAAUUAUUACACUUUUUGGAAUACAAUAAUGAAUGAUCUAGAUAACUUUCUUUUUAUUCCUCAGUAUAGACAUUUCUAUGAUUAUAAAUAUAACAAGUACAUUCGUUCCCAUAUAUUUAGCGCAAAUAAAGUCCUUACAACAACUAUUAAUUUAUUGGAACAUCAUGGGAAAAAGACAAAUCAAAAAAAGAAUUUUAAAAAAAUUAUAAUUAGAAAUAGAGUUAAUAAAUGUUACCGUUGUACAAAUACAAAAAAGAAGAAACUUCAUUCGUUACUUCUUUGUCAAAAUAUGAUAAGAGAUUAUUUUAAAAAAGGAAAAAAGAAAUACCACAAACCUAUUGGUACUCCUCCAUUUACCAGGUAUGAUCAAAAUUACCUUAAACACAAUAAAUAUAAAAAAAUAAAUAGAAAGUUAAUUGACAAAAAUUAUGAGUUAUUAUAUGUAACAAGGAAAAAAAAAGAUAAACACUAUUACUCCUUUCUAGUCCUCAAAAGAAUAAUACAAAUUGCUCAAAAUAAUGUAAAAAAUAAAACAUGUAAAAUUAGAAUGCCCUUAUUAAAAAAUUUAGUUUCGGGCAAGUUACAUAAUACAUACAAUUUUUUUAAACAUUGGUUGAAUAAAAGUGAAUAUAUAUCAAAUAAAUUAAUUAGCACAUUUCAUAUUUCAUUAAAUUCCAAAUGCAUUAAUUCAUUUUUCACAGAUAUCUUAUUUUGCUUUUUUAUUGGAAAUUUAUAA